ACAUACUGUUGGAUAAACCCUACAUACAGUAUAAACACAUCGUGGCGUAAACUGGUGGGCCAGGAGGUGCCAUAUCCGGGGGUAGACAAGAGUACGUCUACUGAUGAGAGGGUUUACCACUCGUACUACCAGUGGGUGUGUUUCAUACUGGCCUUCCAGGCGCUCCUAUUUUAUAUCCCGCGAUACCUAUGGAAAUCAUGGGAAGCCGGGAGGUUCAAGAAAAUGCUCCAGGGUCUCAAUAAUCCCAUACUUAACCAAGGUGUGAAAAAUACUAAGCGUGGUCUUUUGGUGGACUAUCUCUACAAAAAUCUCGGCAAUAAUAACACACUGUUUGCGGUGCACGUCGUGACGGAAGGCCUAAAUUUGCUGAACGUUUGCCUCCAAAUUGUUUUGAUGGACCGCUUCUUAGGCGGACAGUUCACGAGCUAUGGUUGGGAUGUCUUGUGGUUUUCCGAUUGGGACGAGUAUGUCAAAUAUGAUCCUAUGCUCAAAGUCUUCCCACGGCUAACCAAAUGCACGUUUCAUCUGUACGGGCCGUCCGGUGACGUCGAAAAACACAACGCCUAUUGUAUACUUCGGAUCAAUAUUCUCAACGAAAAGAUUUAUCUAUUCCUAUGGUUUUGGUUCUACUUCUUGGCGAUCAUCACAUCCAUGGCUCUCGUCUAUCGGGCGAUGACUAUCUUUGUGCCACGUGUGAGAUCCCUGUCCACUCGCACGAGAUGCCUGUCCACCCGAGAUAUGCUGCGAUCAUUGUGCCAUAAGUGCCAAAUAGGCGACUGGUUUGUGUUGGACAUACUGUCCAAGAACUUGGAUCCACUCAACUUUCGGGAUGUCAUUGUCGACAUCCAUGGCCUACUGGAUGCAAAAGGAGACAAAUUAAUGAACGGGUUUUAA